AUGAUGGCUCGCCACAGAACAUCGCGCUCACCAUCUCCUGCAGGAAGUCGAGGAAGCCGCCAUGACGACAGACGGGAUCGUGACCGUGACCGUGACCGCGGCCGGCGAGAUGCCCCGAGGGACCGUCGACGCAGCCGCAGCCCUGGUCGCUACCGAGACCAUUUCGACAGGGACCGAGAUUCAUACCGUCGCCGGGACCGCUCCAUAGACCGGAGAGAUCGAGACGACGACUAUUACCGUGGCGGACGAAGAGGUGGAGGCUCCCACAGAGACGGCGACAGGCACCGCUCCCGGGAACGGGAGAGGUCUCCACCACGCCGUCGAGACAGAAGCAGGGACAGGGAGAGGGACGCUCGUGGGAGACGCGAUGACUCCCUGCUUCGUACUCGGCGAGAGGGCACCGCCGACUCGAAUGCGUCACGAAGCAAGACUGACGACGGUCGCCAGCGAGGUCCCACCUCCGCAGCAAAGCCUGGCCCCAAGGAUGCUGAAGCCGCUAAGUCUACACAAACCCAAGCUCAGGCUCAAAGUGAUAAACAGGCGGAACGACUUGCUAAACUUGAGGCUUGGAAAAAGAAGACCCUGACCAAGCAGGCGACCAAGGAGACAGAUGCCACGAGCACGCGGAAGCUCCUUGCGGAGAUGGAUGGCAGGGCCAGUGGCACUCCAACCGCCAUAGCCUCGCCUUCGAACGGCACGCCAGGAGCUGCAUCCCCCAGCACUCCGCAACCAGCUCAGGAUGCGUCUCCUACUGUGCCUUAUGCGGGCAAGUUCGACCCCAAAGCGAUUGCGAAGAAGUCAGCGGCCCGCCAUCACUCUCCUGUCCCCUUGGGCGACAUACCAGGAGCACCAGCAGCAACAUCCGGAAAGGUAGCCACAAAUACGUCGUCUACAGCUUCCGCCUUGCCAACUGGUAAGAAUAUCAGCGGCUUUGGUUUUCAGAAAGCCAAUGGGGAUGGUGAAAAGCCAUCUGCCAAGCGGAAGUUGCUUCUUGAUGAUGAAGAGACGUCGAACCGCAAGUUAGCAAAGCUUCCCGACAUGUCGUUGGAGGAUACGGAUGCUACCCCGUUUGCUAAUCAAGAAGAUGAAUCGGACUCCGAUGGCGACAAUUUCGCUGGCACUGAAGAGGAAGCUGCCGCUGCUGCUCGAGCGGCACACGAACGACGGGAGGAGAGAAUUCUACAACAAAGCAUGGCCAUGCAGACAGACGAAACCGAAAAGGAGGCCGAAACAGAGGCCGUGCCUGCCCCAGCAGCGAAUGAAGAAGCCCCCUCGGCUACGACCCAGCCAGAAGCCGUACCCGAGGCCAUGGAAGUGGACGACGACAUCGACCCAUUAGAUGCGUUCAUGGGAGAUCUUGCUGACGACACGACCACGAAAGCCACCAAACCUCGCAGCAAACAAAACGCUAAACCCCAGGAACAGGAGCCAGAGGUCUACUUCUCAGACGAUGAGUAUGACUAUAUGGACAAGGCAGAGGCGAACCCUGAAUCAAUUCUAGCCAUCACUGCCAAGAAGAAGAAGAAGGACAUCCCCAAAAUCGACUACAGCAAGAUCGAGCUCAAUACCAUACGGAAGAACUUCUGGUUCGAACCAUACGAACUCAGUCAGAUGACCGAGGCAGAGGUUGUUGAGCUACGUAUGGACUUGGAUGGAAUCAAAGUCUCCGGGAAGGAGGUCCCAAAGCCUGUCCAAAAGUGGUCACAUUGCGGCCUCACUCAGCCCAUGUCAAAUGUGAUUCGUGAAUUGGGAUACGAAAAGCCCACGCCAAUUCAGAUGCAGGCGUUGCCGGUCAUCAUGUCUGGCCGCGAUGUCAUUGGCGUCGCCAAGACUGGAUCUGGCAAGACGAUGGCUUUCCUGCUUCCUAUGUUCCGUCACAUCAAGGAUCAGGACCCCGUUCGAGAUGACGGCCCAAUCGGUCUCAUCCUAACACCGACUCGAGAACUUGCUACUCAGAUCUUCCGUGACUGUAAACCUUUUCUUUCAGCACUAAACCUGCGUGCUGUCUGCGCCUACGGUGGCCCACCAAUCAAGGACCAGAUCGCUCAGCUCAAAGCUGGUGCCGAAAUCAUCGUCGCGACUACCGGAAGAUUCAUUGACCUCCUAGCGGCCAACCAAGGUCGUGUUGUCAAUCUCAAACGCACAACCUUUAUUGUGUUGGACGAAGCUGAUCGAAUGUUCGACAUGGGCUUUGAGCCUCAGGUAAUGAAGAUCUUCGCCAACGUCCGGCCAGACCGCCAGACCGUGCUGUUCUCCGCGACCAUGCCUCGCAUUAUUGAUGCAUUGGUGAAGAAGGUCCUCAAGAAUCCCGUUGAGAUUACGGUCGGUGGCAAGAGCGUAGUUGCUCCUGAAAUCACACAGAUUGUGGAGGUCAGAGAAGAGAAGGACAAGUUCUUGCGUCUCCUCGAGCUACUUGGAAACCUGUACGCCGACGAUGAUGACGUUCGUGCGCUAAUCUUCGUUGAGAGACAAGAAAAAGCGGAUGAUCUGCUUCGGGAGCUGCUGCGGAAAGGUUACGGGUGCAUGUCCCUCCAUGGAGGCAAAGACCAGGUGGAUCGUGAUUCGACCAUUGCCGACUUCAAGAGCGGAGUCUGCCCGGUCUUGGUUGCAACCUCGGUCGCUGCUCGUGGUCUUGACGUUAAGCAGCUCAAGCUUGUGGUCAACUACGAUGCACCGAAUCACUUGGAAGACUAUGUUCAUCGUGCUGGUCGUACAGGCCGAGCCGGAAACACCGGUACGGCGGUAACGUUCAUCACCGAAGAGCAAGAAAAUUGCGCGCCGGGCAUCGCGAAAGCUCUGGAGCAAAGUGGCCAGCCUGUCCCGGACCGGCUUGAACAGAUGCGUAAGGCGUGGAGAGAGAAAGUCAAGGCCGGCAAAGCAAAGGACCAGUCGGGGUUCGGCGGCAAGGGCCUGGAGCGUCUCGACAAGGAGCGAGAGGUAGCGCGCAUGAGAGAGCGCAAGACCCACAAGGCCGAGGGCGACGACGAGGAUGAAAAGGAGGAGGCGCCAGCCGACGACGAGAAGAAGAACAAGGCUGCGUCGGCAAUCCAACAAGCCACUUCUGCCGUCGUUUCUCGCGACGCCGCCAAGACCGCCGAAGAAGGCAAGCCCGGCGCGACAGAAGCAGGCCAGCCGGAUGCCGCCGCCGCCAAGGGAGGCGCGCUCGACAAGGCCGCCCAGGCGGUCAACGAUAUCAACGCGCGCCUCGCCCGCGCCGGCCAGCUGCGGCCGGGGCAGCCCAUCGACAACAAGGGCCCAGACGCCGGCGCGUUCCACGCGACGCUGGAGAUCAACGACUUCCCGCAGAAGGCAAGGUGGGCCGUCACGAACCGCACCAACGUCGCCAAGAUUCUCGAGGCGACGGGCACGUCCAUCACGACAAAGGGCAACUUCUACGCGGCCGGCAAGGAGCCGCCGGCGGGCGCGGAGCCGAAGCUGUACAUCCUCAUCGAGGGAGACACCGAGGUCGUCGUCAGCAACGCCCUGACGGAGCUGACGAGGUUGCUGCGGGAGGGCACCAUUGCGGCGGCGGACGCGGAGAACCGCGCGCCGGCCAGCGGCCGGUACACCAUUACGUGA